AUGACCUUCUCGGUGCCUCAAUUUGAUGACUUGCCGCCCGUUGAGGGCAUGCCUCAGGGCUGUGCGUGGGGAAUUUUCGACAAAAAUGGCACCAAAGAUGUCUACGGAACACUGAACCUGCUUACUCCCGAUGUGGUCAAGGCUGCGGCUGAGGAGGUCCAGAAGGGUAUCUCGAUUUCUCUGAACUGGCCUAUUGGGAGCAUGAAGAUCCCCGGAUACUUUCGAAAGAGCCUUAACCAUACUGUGAUGAAGUUAGAAGAUCCCAAGGCAAACUUGCAUUACGGAUUUGAUGACGAGGUCGAAUUCAAUACCCAGGCCAGCAGCCAGUGGGAUAGUCUUUGUCACUUCAUGCAUCUUCCGAGUGGAAAGUUCUAUAACGGGGCCAACCCCACUGUGAAGAACCUGCAGAACCCUGCCCAAAAUUCUCAGAAGUUCCCAACCCUUGAACAUUGGCAUGACCGUGGCUGCAUCGCUGGACGUGGCGUCCUCAUCGACUUCAAAUCAUAUGCUGAUGCCAAAUGCUUCAAAUUUGAUCCAUUCUCUAGUUUCCGCAUUGCGAUCAAAGAUAUUGAGAAAGUUGCAGCGUACCAGGGUGUCACUUUCCGGCAGGGCGAUAUUUUGAUCGUGCGAUUCGGAUUCACCGAAGCACUGGGAAAGAUGACCGCCGAGGAGCAACGCGUCAAAAUGUCCACCCACAGCUACUGUGGCCUGGACGGUACCGAGGAGAUGGCUCGCUGGCUGUGGAACCAACACUUUGCCGCCAUUGCCAGUGACAACCUCGCUGUCGAGGCUAUGCCUCCUAUCGUUGAUGGAGAGACACAGCCUUUCACUCAACUUGUUCUUCACCAGUGGUGCUUGAGCCUUUUCGGCAUGCCACUUGGCGAGCUCUGGCAUCUCAAGGAUUUGGCCGAGCAGUGCAAGAAGUACAAGAAGUACACUUUCCUUCUGACUUCGUCACCUCUGAAUGUUCCUGGCGCUGUCGGUAGCCCUCCGAACGCUCUAGCACUUCUUUAA